CCCAGCCCAUCGAGAAGGGGGUGGACACUGUACACUGCGCUCAGCACUCAGCACUCAGCACUCUGCACUCUGCUCUCCGGACUCCACGCUAUGAAGCUCUCGCUGGCUCUACUGGCAGUGGUCUUGCUGGCUGCUUGCACGGCUUCACCCACGGGACCGCAACAGCCAGAAGCCGGAGUGCGACUGCGGCGCGCGACCUGCGACCUGCUGAGCAUAAGCACGCCCAUCGGCUCGCUGAACCACGCGGCCUGCGCCGCGCACUGCCUCGCCAUGCGCCGCGGCUACCGAGGCGGCCGCUGCCGGGACGGCGUGUGCCACUGCCGGUCCUAGACCAGCCGGCGUGCUCUGCUGUACCGCCUGAGACAGUAAACUGCAGCUGCAUAACUA